AUGGCACUAAGAGCAUGGAAACCAGCAGAAACGGUGAUAGGAUAUUUUUUCGAGACAUAUGGAGGCUCAUCCGCGCCUGACGCCUGUUGGGGAGAAGCUGGCAACUUGGCAAGUGAUAUGGAGGAGGAUGAGGGUGUCGUGGAUGAGGGAAGUGAUAAAGAUGAGGAGGAUGGCACGGACUAG